AUGGCUUCCUUGAACAUGUUCCUUGCUCCGGCCACCAUAUCGACGACCGUCAGCAGCAGUACUAGCAGCAUCACCACCACCACCACCAGCAUCGCCACCACAAGAGCAAGAAGAGUACAGACCUUCGCUACAGCUGCAAAAGGUUCCGGUGGAAGCAGUGAGGAGAAGGGGUUUUUCGAUUUUCUUAUGGGUGCACUGGUGAAGUUCGAUCAGCUGGUGGAGACUGAUCCAAUUCUCCAGAAGGUGGAGGGCAAGAGCGGUACCACCACCAUUUCCAGUAAGAAGACCACCACUUCGGCGGCGCCACCAAAGAAGGAUGCUGGAAGCGGUGGCUUUGGUGGCCUUGGUGGAUUCUUUGCUAAGAAAUGA